AUGAGGGCCCCAAUGGGCUCCAAGUUUGUACGAGGAUACGCUGAGGGCGGCGAGGAGAAGGUCAAGGGCUCCGUCAUCGGUAUCGAUCUGGGUACCACCAACUCCGCUGUCGCCGUCAUGGAGGGCAAGGUACCACGCAUCAUUGAGAACUCGGAAGUCGUUGGUUUCACCAAGGAAGGCGAGCGUCUUGUCGGUAUCGCCGCCAAGCGCCAGGCUGUUGUCAACCCAGAGAACACACUUUUCGCUACCAAGCGUCUGAUCGGCCGCAAGUUCACCGAUGCUGAGGUCCAGCGCGACAUCCAGCAGGUUCCCUACAAGAUUGUCCAGCACACCAACGGCGAUGCUUGGCUCGAGGCCCAGGGUCAGAAGUACUCGCCCUCGCAGGUGGGUGGCUUCGUCCUCGGAAAGAUGAAGGAGACCGCCGAGUCCUACAUGGGCAAGAACGUCAAGAACGCCGUCGUCACUGUUCCUGCCUACUUCAACGACUCCCAGCGUCAAGCCACCAAGGACGCUGGACAGAUUGCUGGUCUGAACGUCCUCCGUGUCGUCAACGAGCCUACCGCCGCUGCCCUCGCUUACGGUCUUGACAAGGCCACCGACGCUGUCGUUGCUGUCUACGAUCUCGGAGGUGGUACUUUCGAUAUCUCCAUCCUCGAAAUCCAGAACGGUGUCUUUGAGGUCAAGUCCACCAACGGUGACACUCACCUUGGUGGUGAGGACUUCGACAUCACCCUCGUGCGCCACCUCGUCCAGCAAUUCAAGAAGGAGCAGGGCAUCGAUCUGAACAGCGACCGCAUGGCCAUUCAGCGUAUUCGUGAGGCUGCCGAGAAGGCCAAGAUCGAGCUGUCGUCCUCUUCGCAAACCGACAUCAACCUGCCCUUCAUCACCGCCGAUGCAUCCGGACCCAAGCACAUCAACACCAAGCUCACCCGUGCUCAGCUCGAGAAGAUGAUGGAUCCCCUCAUUAGCCGCACUGUGGACCCAGUCCGCAAGGCCCUCAAGGACGCCAACCUCCAGCCCAAGGAGAUCUCCGAGGUCAUCCUGGUUGGAGGUAUGACCCGUAUGCCCAAGGUUACCGAGUCCGUCAAGAGCAUCUUUGGCCGUGACCCUGCCAAGUCUGUCAACCCCGAUGAGGCUGUAGCCAUCGGUGCCGCGAUUCAGGGUGCCGUUCUCGCUGGUGAGGUCACUGACCUGCUCCUUCUCGACGUCACUCCUCUGUCUCUUGGUAUCGAGACCCUCGGUGGUGUCUUCACCCGUUUGAUCAACCGUAACACCACUAUCCCCACCAAGAAGUCCCAGGUCUUCUCUACGGCCGCCGACUUCCAGAGCGCCGUUGAGAUCAAGGUCUACCAGGGCGAGCGUGAGCUCGUUCGCGACAACAAGCUGCUAGGCAACUUCCAGCUCGUUGGCAUUCCUCCGGCUCACCGCGGUGUCCCUCAGAUCGAGGUCACCUUCGACAUUGACGCUGACUCCAUUGUUCACGUGCACGCCAAGGACAAGUCCACCAACAAGGACCAGUCCAUCACCAUUGCCUCCGGUUCCGGUCUCUCUGACACCGAAAUCGAGUCCAUGGUCCGCGACUCUGAGCAGUACGCCGAGCAGGACAAGGAGCGCAAGAACGCUAUUGAGGCUGCCAACCGCGCCGACAGCGUCGUCAACGACACCGAGAAGGCUCUCAAGGAGUUCGAAGACCGUCUUGACAAGGCCGAGGCCGAGAAGAUCAAGGAGAAGAUCACCACUAUGCGUGAAUUCAUUGCCACGAGCCAGACUGGCGAGGGUACUGCCACCGCUGCUGAGAUCAAGGAGAAGACCGACGAGCUCCAGAACGCCAGCUUGAGCUUGUUCGACCAGAUGCACAAGGCUCGCUCCGAGAGCCAGAACUCUGGUGAGCAGCAGCAGCAACAGCCAGGCGAGGGCGAGGGCGAGAAGAAGCCGUAAAUGCUCUGAUCGCACUUCCUCAAUUCGUCAUCUCUCUUCUUUUUAGUAUUUCACGCGAAAAAGCAGGCGUCUUUGCAUCCGGUCAUCAUCGGUCUGGUUGGGUCUCUAGACUUGUAUAUUUUCCUACAUCUUGUACUUAUACCUCUGUUCGGUUCUCUUCUCCGAACCAAAUGCGUAUCACAGCCUCGCAUCAUUUUCGGUCGACCUGGGAUGAAAAAGGCAUAACGACAACAUCUGGCAGAAGGAAAUGUGACGGAAGACAUGAUCGUACAAUGACCAAGACGAGUGUACUAUAGUGCAGAGCCGCGAGAUAAUGUUGCAUCUCCGCUCUACAACCAAUUUACUUAA